UCUUGAUUUGUUGCCGGAGGCCAAGUUUCUGCAGCCUCCUACAGUCUGCAUGGCAACCAGGCUGAAGCUCAGACCUGUUAAGACACACAGACAGAUUGAACUGAGCAGCUGAUCUGAUUAAGAGAACCGUGGAAGGUGUGGGACAGAGACUACUUUAAUGUGAGAUAACUGUAACGGACUGCCUGAGUCUGUCCAUGUGUCUGUCUGUGUUUUUGUAACCCUUCAAUUGGAUAAUCGAUUGAGGAGAGAUGGGACCUCGUACAGCAGUGGCUCUUUCUAAGGAGGUGAAGACGGCUGCAGGAGGAGGAUGUGGAGGUCAGGGAGGAGCCCGGCUGAGGAGCUGCAGUGACGGCAGCAGAUACAGCAGGAGAGGAGUCAGCCUACCCAACAACUCAUCCUCCUCCCCGGUGCUGUACAGCCCCAAAUCAGUUCUGAAGAGACCGGUGAGCACAGAAGAGCUGCAAAGACCAGGAGGACCCUACAUCAAGAAAACAUUUACAAUUGUGGGCGAUGCAGUGGGUUGGGGGUUUGUGGUGAGAGGAAACAGACCGUGUCACAUUCAGGCUGUGGAGCCCUGCGGCCCAGCUGCUGCUGCUGGGAUGAAGGUUUGUCAGUUUGUGGUUUCAGUCAAUGGGCUCAAUGUUCUCAAUCUGGACUACCGGACUGUCAGCCACCUGAUACUGACAGGACCCAGAACUGUGGUGAUGGAGGUGAUGGAGGAGACUGACCACUGAAAGAAAUACACCUGAUGGAUGGACCGUACAGGAGAAGCUGAGCAUGGCUUUUAUGAAGCAGUUACUAAUAUGUGUGUCCUGCCUGAGGUUUCUUCAAAGGACUGCAUGAACACAGUAAUGAAACAGGACGUAACCUUGUUAGGAAUUACACAGAAAACAUUCUGUUUUUAAAUGAGUGUUAGGCUGAUGGAGGGCAUUUGUUUUCAGAUUGGUUGGCUGUUACGUUUUGAAUAGCGUUGUAAAGUCUCCCCUCGUCGGAUCUGUAUCUCAGAAAAGGACUCUGGGAGGAGAAUCUGUCAAUACUGUAAAACUGUGCAGCAGACCAUUCAUUUGCAGGUUCAGGCUGUUUUGUCAACACAGGGUGGAGUUUGGGGUCUCAAACAUGUAAAGGUAGUUUGGGGGUGGUGCACUGACUAGUGGUGCAAGUGUAAAUCUGAGACAAUCAACCAGCUUAAUGUUGGAGCCAAUGCAGAGCUAAACAUUGGACGAAAUCUCCAAACAUGCUAGCUAGACUGUUUGAAGCUGUUUAAGACACUUUAUCCAAAAUCUUUCCACUUUCAUGCCCACAUCAGAAAACAGCCAUUUAAAGAUGUGCAUGACGAAAAGCGUCAUCGUGUGAAGUUUUGACAGUUUCCACAUGGCACUCCACUGUUCCCGUGGGCUUGAUGCAGAAGUGUUCCUCUCAUGGCAACUAGACGCUGUCUAAUGAAUGGGAAGGCCUCAAAGGUCUCUCCGGAAAAAUCAAACAAUAAAUUUGCUCUCAUUAGUAAAUUUCACUUCCUCUACUGUGUGUACACAGUGUGUAGGAUUUAGUGGCACCUAGCGUUGCGGUUGAACCCCUCACUUUACAGUCUGCAGUAACCAGCUACUGUAGAAACAUGGCGGAGCAACAUAGCAAACUCAUGGAAGAGGACCCACUUACUAUGUAGACACAGAAACACAAUGAUUCCAUAACAUUUUUUUUUAAAAGUGGGCGGCAGUAGGAACUGGAGGGUAACCGGUUCAAGUCUCUUACAAAACCUGACUCCUUGUUUGAAAACACAUGCAUUUUGUUCAAAUGAGUUUCUAGAUAAAGAUCUGCCAAGCAUUACAAGUUCCUGACAGAACAGAACAACUCAAUGUGUCUUGAGACACACCUGCAUGGUGCUGUCUUAGAAAGUGAACCUGGAAGUGAUCAUGCUGUUGACAUCACUCCAACAGUUGGUGUUUCCUUCAAUGGGGUGGUUUGGACUUUUAACCCCGUGUGCCACGUCACUGCCUCCUCCACGCACAAACACAUUACCUGCAUGAAUCACAGCAGUAUUUAUACACUCCUACACACACACACACACACACAGACUCACAGAUGCCCCCCCCCCAGCCCCUCCCUCAUCUGUGUUUACUUUUCCAUCCACUACCUGCAACGUCUGAUUCCCAGAAAGGAAGUGAGGAGUGUGAAAAUUGUGUGAGGUAGAUCAACAACUUUGUGAGGAAGUAGACUUAAACUGAAGUGCUUUGUUUUUAAGUCUCUCUUACUUUUCUUUUAUUCCUUUAUCUUUUAAUAAGUGUGUGUGUGUGUGUGUGUGUGUGUACAGUGAACAGUGAACUCCAGAUAUGAUAACAUGAGCUAUCUCUCAGCAGGCUGCGUUUUGCUCUCUGCAGGUGAUUCUGGAGGCUCAGUGAGUCGCUCGGCUCCUCUUGCAUUAAUGAUGAUUUUCUUAGAGGCAGUUAGUAGAAUCAUGUUUGGAUAUUGUUUUAAAAUACCUGGUUUUGAGGAUUUUAUUAAGAAACUAAAUAUUAUCAUUACAAAUAAGUCUCACUUGUGCAAUACUGAAUAGCAGACAAUAACCUAUUGUAGGUUUAUCAAUAUUUAUAACUAUAUAACUUUAAUUUCUAUUCAUACUCUUUUAUGCUUGUAAUUGCUUUCUUUAUGUUAUCUUCUUCUUUAUUUUAUUUGUUCACCUGUAAUAGCUUGACUUUGUUUGAUUUUCCUCUUAAACAAAUACAAAUAAAAUACAAACAAAGGCUUAAUAGACUUUA